GCAUGCAUAGUAAAUUUCGAUGACCUGAAUAAUACAGUAAGGUCCCAUGCAUCAUGGCUGUCUGCAGUCCCGUUAACACAGACACGACAACACAGACGUUCGUACAGAGUUAGCACGGAGUAGAACGGGUGAUACUCAGAAUAUAGUGGUACUGAUAGACAAAGAUACCCAUGAUCUGCAACGAUGCAUCAGGGUGUGAAUGGGUGCGCUCAACCUUCCUACCUCCAUAGGGAAUGUGGAAUGAAGCUGAAAACUCUGGGUAGAAAACAGUGAGACUCCAAAAGAAAAACUAAGUUCUACUUAUCAGGACCAAGCCACUGACAGAAACUGGUCCAGGUCACAAGGCGAUUCUCUAUCGUCUUGUGUAUAACUUGGAUGAGGUUACACACAGGAAGCAGCGUAAAUGAAGCACAAUGUCAGAGCCCAGUGAGAGCCACGCAACACGGCUCACCAACUUCAUGAGAGACAUAUAGCCCGCCAUGUUUUAAGUUUUCACAGUGCAAUGGAAUUUAACCGUAAUGGAUGCUUUAUAGUCCUCUUGGCAUUUACUACCAAUCUCGUGUGGGGGUGUGUAGUCAAAAGUUUGGGAGUUCUUCUUCCAGUUCUACGGGACCAAUUCACGACACAAACAUGGAUUAUUGGUAUAGUGACGUCGCUAGUCGCAGUUACGUCGGAUAUUGUAGGUCUCUUCACUUUGCCUCUGGAAAAGCUAUUUGGUUGUCGCCUUGUGUUGAUCUCCAGCGGCGUGAUAGGAUGCCUGGGUUUAUUUUUGCUUCCCUUCGCGUCAAACCCCAUUCACGUCGCCCUGUCUUUAGCCGUUCUGGCUGGACCCGCUCUAGGGAUUUAUUCAGUCCUGGCUAAAGUUCUCAUUGGACGUCAUUUCAGAGAGCAGUAUGCUACGGCUUGCGGGAUAGGCCAUGCCGGACAAGCACUGGCCUUUCUCGUUUUUGCACCAAUGACGCAACUUUUCCUCGACACCUAUGGCUGGAGGGGAGCAACGCUGCUUAUUGCUGGAUUCAGCAUGCAUCAAAUACCGACUGCCGUCUUAGUCAAGGCCGUCAAUCCACAGUACAAGUCUCUCGCAGAUGCAGACAACCGGAAUGACUCUCUUCACAACUUUGACACGGAGAUCAAGGAAGCGGAAAAAAGACGUAAAAGCAGUGCCCCCGUCUCGUUCAAGGAGUUAUGCUCUCUUAUCUACAGAGCACUGGACUUGGGCAUAUUCCUGGAGUUUAAUUUCUGGAUCGUCUUGAUGUGCCGUUUCGGAGUAACAACUUCCUUCAUAUCUUGGCUGCUGUAUUUCGUUCCUCAUCUGCAAGCUAAAGGUUUCAACCCCCAAGUAGCCGCUUCACUCUGCAUAGCAGCUGCUGUUGGCUUUUCGUUUGGGACGCUGAUCUGGUCCCCUUUCAUUGACAGGGGUCUCAUCAAGUCGUCGACAGCGAUCAUCAUCACCAGUCUUGUUCUAACUCUCUCUUUCGUAGUUGAUCCUUGGGUGCACGACGUCAUCGGUUAUGCGAUCACCGCCUUUGUCUGUGGUUUGUUUUCUUCAGCACUAUACACUCUCACUGAUGUCAUAACUAAGGAAAUCGUUGACAAUGACCGACUUGUCGCCGCGUUCGGAUGGAUGCGGGCCUUCUUCUUUGGCCGUCUCAUCGCGGGUUUUGUACCUGGGUGGAUAUACGACAUGAGAGGUAGCUAUGAUUUGGCGUUCAUCGUCAUUGGUCUCAUACCAACCUUCUCUCUCCUUCCAUUGGUUAUUGCACUGAUAAGGAAGACGAUCUAGGGUCAGAUAAAACUACGCACAUGUACAUCCUUCUAGCGCUUCUUUGCACGGUGACAAUGUCAUGUCGUUCUUGCAAUCGCUGAGACGAAGCCAUAUUGUGGUGCAACAAUCCACACGGUACCGGGGCGGGGUGACGUACGUUGUAGACACGCGUUGAUAGACAGAGUAUGACUUCAUCACAAUGUGCUACAACCACUGUGUAUCGGUAUACCCGUAAUCAGAUGUUGGCAAUUCGCAGCUCCAAACAUCUGGGUCCAGCAGACAGUUCUGUUAAAUUUAAAGAAUAGUGGAAUUUUACGUUGUAGAGGUUCAAAAUCAGGUCGUCGUCAUAAAAGACCACCUUUCAGACUGACCGUAUUCCUGUUAGAGUGACAUGUCGACCACAGAAACCUUCUUGUCAUCGUAAAAGAAAUGACAGGAUGGGCUUGGUUAACAUUUGCAUUCGUGAUCGUCUACAUGUACAGCCCUCAUUGCCAUCCGUAAUGCAGUGGAAUGCACGAUCGCUGAAUAACCACUUCAGUGAGCUUCAGGCAGCUCUAGCUUGUCAAUACAACACCGUUCAUCU